ACACCAACGCACCUCCUUGAUAAUCGUCCGUAGAUCGGCAGGUGUGCACAUCAGAAAAGCUGCCUACCUGCAUUUUGCGGAUGUGAUCCCUCUCCAGAGUUUGGACCAUUUCUUCCACCACAGCCUGAACGCGUGCUUGAUGUCCUUGGACCACUAGAAGCCCACCAUGAGUGUUGGGACUUGGACCCAGAGGGUCUUCCUCCUCUUGGGAAUCUAUCACAGCGCCACGAGAACUUUAGCCUCCACUCCGGAGCUGCAUGAGCCUCCCGCAAACAUUGCUGUGGUAGGAGCAGGCAUUGGCGGCGCGGCCGCAGCGUUCUACCUGAGACAGGAGUUUGGACCCACGGUCAAGAUAGAUGUGUUUGAGCCCGCCGAUGUCGGUGGACGCCUGGCGACGGCGGAGAUGGCAAAUCAGGAAUAUGAGACGGGAGGCAUGGUGAUCCAUCCUCUCAACCUCCACAUGAAGCACUUUGUUGACAAAUUGGGCAUCUCCGUGCGUCAGGAGGUCCCGUCGAAAAAGGCAGUGUUCGAUGGCAGCGAGCUCACUUUCGAGGAGAGCGACUGGUUCAUCGUGAACUUCUUACGCAUGCUGUGGCGCUACGGGCUCAACUAUCUGUUCAUGCAGAUGUGGGUGGAAAGUGUCAUGGAUAAAUUCAUGAGGAUCUACCAGUACCAGCAGUACGGGUACUCCUUCACCAGCAUGGAAAGGCUCCUGCAUGCCAUGGGCGGGGAUGAUUUCCUCAGCCUGAUGAAUCACACGCUGGAGGAAACCAUGAGGGCCGAAGGAUUUGCGCAGAUCUUCCUCAAUAACGUAGUGGCUCCCCUGACGCGCCAGACUUAUGGCCAAAGCGUCCGCAUCAACGGCCUCGCGGGAGCUUUGUCGCUGACGGGUGCUGACUCGGGCUUGUGGGCAGUGGAUGGAGGCAACAAAAGAGUUUGCUCUGGACUUCUUUACCACAGCAAGAGUGACCUCAUCCGAGCCCGGGUGACCAACAUUUCGUUCAAAGUUCGGCCGUCCAAGACAGGGCCCUCCACCGGCUUCUACGAAGUCAGUUACGUUGGAGACGGCGGCGCGGGGCAUUCGAUGUAUGACAUUGUUGUCAUAGCAACCCCACUUCACCAGGGCCAGUCUGACAUCUCCUUCUCAGGUCUGUCUUCACCAGUGGUGUCCCAGUUCCCCGGCAUCUACCACCAAGUAUUCUCAAUUCUGGUCCAUGGCGUGCUCAACACUUCCUACCUGGGAGUCACGCGGCCGGCCUCGGAGUUCACUGUGUCUGAGAUUCUCACCGCGGACUCCAAAGACAACGUCAUGUACAGUUUGACUUCCGUCGACCCGGUCCACAUCCCGCCCGGCUACAGCCGACCUCCCGCCAGCCAGACCAAAGUAUGGAAAGUGUUUUCUCCUCGAGCGCUGGACCAGGAGGACCUCCGCCGUAUGUUCCUCUCGUGGGAUUCCGUGUCGCAGACUCCAUGGCUGGCCUACCCCACUUAUCGUCCCCCCCAGCGCCUGACCCCGCCGUUCAUCCUGCACAGCCGACUCUACUAUCUCAGCGCCGUGGAGUGGGCGGCCAGCUCCAUGGAGAUGAGCGCCAUCUCGGCCAGGAACAUCGCGCUGCUGGCCCACCACCGCUGGCACAAGCAGAUGGGCCAGAUCGACCAGGAGGACCUGCACACGCGCCUGCGAGGGGAGCUCUGAAGCGCACGGGCCCGGUCCGAUCCGGUCCUGAAAGAUCAGGUAUUUAGGUUGUAUCAGGGUAAGCGCGGCUGUCACUUCCUGAUGAACUGCUAGUCUGCAGACAGUCUCACUCAAAGUACACCUAUGUUCUUUCAUCAGGUUCGCCACGAUUUUACAUUAAAAGUCCUGUAAUAGUUCUUGUAUUAAUUUUCUCAAAUUGGCUAACUAAAAUAUCGUUCUGUGACUCAGUGAGUCAUUUUUAUUUCUGUCAUUAAAUAAUUGAUUUAUUGUAAUAAUGAAAAAAAAAACACUCCUGGUUAAAAAAAAAAAAAAAAAUCUGAUUUAACUUUAACUUUAUUAUUUUAUUUACUUUAUUAAAUCAUUGGUUAGCACUUACGCUUCACAGUUUGGAAGUUGGGAAUUUGGAUCCAGUUUCUGGCCUUCCCGUACUCCGGUAGCUGGGUUAGGCGCCAGCACACUCACGACCUUGGUGAAGAUAAAUAGGUCCAUUUAAUUAUUUUACACAUUUUACAUACACAUUAUUCUUAUUAUUAUUUUCAAGAGUUCUGUAAAUGACCUGGUCUAUUGAUUCGUUUUAGAAAUGAAAUGUACACAAAAGCUUGCCCACCCCUGAGCGGACACAACAUGACUCACAGCCACCAAACGCGUUCACUUGACGUAAAACAUUCUCAUACACUUAAAAAAAAAAAAUGAUACAUCAUGGUGUAGGAAUAAAUGAAAGUAGAAAGUAAGUAAGUAGAAAAAGUCUAACCACAAAAUGUUUAUUAGGCGUCACUCUCUUGAAAUCUGCCGCACAUAUCAUCAAGCGCCAGUCCGUUACUGAUUUGGGCGGAACCGCAUUGUGUUAAGAUAAAUGGCGUUGAGCUGCUGUUUGAUGUCUCACCAACAUUUUUCGGGUGGGUCGUAGUUGUAACAGUGCAUCAGGUACGCCUACGCUAACCAAUUACAUAGUUAUGUUAUGAUCUCAUACAUUCUGCCUUCAUCUCAAUGACAAUGUUCAGUGCUGAUUGAAAGAUUUAUAAUUCAUGUAGAUUAUUGUGGUUGUUGUUUACAUCAGUGUGAAUAUGUUCUACAACACUACUACUGAGAGCUAUCGCUAUUUUUGCACAUCUUUGAUAAGAUUGUGCACGUGUCUUUGGAAUGUAAGAUAAUUGCCCUUAUUGUUCCUUUCAGUCUGCGUAAUUCUUUAUACUUGUAAUUACGUUUAAAUGUUAGUGAAUGACGACUCCUCCAUUGGUCCUCCCUUCUGAACAGAGUUCUGUAGAGUUUUUGUUUUUAGACAUGCAAAAGGGUAAAUGAUACUAAUGUUUGAAAAGAUAUUUGGUCUUACUAUUUGGAAAAACAACUGUGCUGGUGUGACCAGAAUCCUACAAACGGGGACCCGUCAUAAGGGAGGAAAAGUGUUUGACAUUGGUCACAUUUGAUUAUUUUUAUAAUCUAUGGGCUACUGUACUUUUUGAAAUGUAUUCACAAAUAUAUUUUGAUAGAGAAGGAUUUCCUAAAGCGAUUUUAAAGGGACUAAUUGUGUGCUGUAAUUGACAGAAUACAACAAGUCAAACAGUUGGAACCACAACUUAAUUUUUUUUUUUUUUUAGAUUAUAUUUGAAAUGACACUGUUUAGGAUCAAAGUAUUAGGGUUAGGGUUAGGGUUCGUGUUUGGUAAUAAUCAUUGUAUAAAGUCUACUGAUGUGUCUAAGUCGAUGUCUUUGAGCCAUCAGCCUAAUGAAAUGUUUUUUUUUUUUGUUUGUUAAGGAAAUAAACAUUGUCUUCAGUUGUACGCA